AAUUUAGCAAAAUAGUGUCGGAAGAAUGGAAAAAGCUAUCAGAAACUGAAAAAGCUAAAUGGCAAAGAAAGUACCAUAUUAGUCGGGAUCAAAAAUUACAAAAGGCGGUAGUUAACGAUGAUGUUAACGAAGCGAGUGAAAGAUCGAAUAUUGCAAUUACAAACCUAAUUAAUAAUAAAAAUGCUAUAAAUAAUACUGGCACAGAAUGUGUAGAAUACACACAAUGCAAAAAGAUAAAAAAAUAA